UAGAAACCGCCGCUGAGGCAGCAGUUGCUGCCGCUGCGGUCUCCCGGCUGUAGUGCAUCUCUCCGAGCCCACCGGCCGUGGGUGCCUCCUCGGUUCCCGCGGGGCUCCGGGAGCCCUGAGGGGCGAAGCGACAGGGACGCCUCUCUUAAGAGAAGAGGCGACGUCUGAGCCCCGGAUGCGGCCAAAGGGCGCGGGAAUGGAGCUCGGCGGCUGCGAGGAGGGCUUGCCGGAGGAGAGCAGGAGGGAGCACUGGCAGCUGCUGGGUAAUUUGAAGACUACUGUGGAGGGUUUAGUAUCAGCCAACAGCCCCAAUGUCUGGUCCAAGUAUGGUGGCCUGGAGCGGCUCUGCAGGGACAUGCAGAGCAUCCUCUAUCAUGGGCUCAUCCACGACCAGGUGUGUUGUCACCAGACCGAUUACUGGCAGUUUGUGAAGGACAUUCGCUGGCUCAGUCCACACUCAGCCCUUCAUGUGGAGAAGUUUGUCAGCCUGCAUGAGAACAGCCAGAGUGGCGCUGCGGGCGUGAGCGAGCGUGCCGUUGCAGAGCUGUGGCUGCAGCAUAGCUUGCAGUGCCACUGUCUCUCAGCCCAGCUCCGACCUCUGCUGGGGGAUAGACAGUAUAUCAGAAAAUUCUACACAGAUACUGCUUUCCUGCUGAGCGAUGCCCAUGUCACGGCCAUGCUCCAGUGCCUGGAAGCCGUGGAGCAGAACAACCCUCGCCUCUUGGCUCAGAUUGAUGCAUCUAUGUUUGCCAGAAAGCAUGAGAGCCCGCUACUGGUGGCAAAGAGCCAGAGUCUGACAGCACUGCCUGGUUCCACGUACACCCCUUCCACCAGCUGUGCUCAGCAUUCCUACUUUGGGUCCUUCUCUAGCCUCCACCAGUCCGUACCCCACCAUGGCUCAGAAAGAAGAUCUACUUCCUUUUCACUCUCUGGCCCGCCCCGGAAACCUCAAGGAAGUGGCAGGCAUGUCUCACCAGCAGAGGAUCAAACCAUCCAAGCCCCUCUGCUUCCAGACUCUGCUUUAGCCAGGGACUCCCCCUCAACACCAAAUGAUAUGAGCUCCAGCACUCUGACCAGCCCCUUGGAAGCAUCCUGGGUCAGCAGUCAGAAUGAUUCCCCAAGUGAUGCCAGUGAAGGGCCUGAGUACUUGGCCAUCGGCAACCAGGAUCCCCGGGGCCGGACCGCCAGCUCUCAGAGUCACAGCAGCAAUGCUGAGAGCAGCAGCUCCAAUUUGUUCUCCUCCAGCAGCUCCCAGAAGCCAGAUUCUGCUGCUUCCUCUCUAGGGGACCAAGAGGGAGGUGGACAGAGCCAGUUGUCCAGUGUCCUUCGCAGGUCUAGCUUUUCAGAGGGGCAAACACUGGCUGUCACCGGUGGAACAAAGAAGAGCCAUGCUCGCUCCCAUUCGGAUACCAACAUUGCCUCCAGAGGAGCCCCAGAAUCCUGCAGCGAUAAGUCGAAGUGGAGAGGCCCCUUGUCCUACUCUGGUCAAAGCAGUGAAGUCAGCACACCCGAGGGCAGUCCGUACCUGUGCUCAGGAGAAGGCAUGUUCCGAAGACCAUCAGAGGGACAGUCCCUCAUCAGCUACCUGUCUGAGCAAGACUUUGGCAGCUGUGCGGACCUGGAAAAGGAAAAUGCCCACUUCAGCAUCUCAGAGUCCCUGAUCGCUGCCAUUGAGCUGAUGAAGUGCAACAUGAUGAGCCAGUGCCUGGACGAGGAGGACGGGGAGGAGGACAGUGACAGGGAGAUCCAGGAACUGAAGCAGAAGAUCCGCCUUCGUCGCCAGCAGAUCCGCACCAGGACUCUGUUCCCCGCGUGCCAGGAGGCGGAGUACGGAAGCUUUCGGGUCACUUCCAGCAGCUCCCAGUUCAGUUCACGUGAUUCAGCACAGUUCUCUGACUCUGGCUCUGCUGAUGAGGUUGAUGAAUUUGAAAUCCAAGAUGGUAGCGAAGGAUCUAACCCGACUCACAUGUCAAAGAACGGACUCUCAGUGUCCGUGGCCUCGCUCUUGUCAGAUGCUGACAUCAGAGGGAGCACACCCUCAAAGAGCAAAUCCUUCGUUUCCUCCCAGUCCUUCUCCCACCUCUGCCUACACUCCACGUCCGCUGAGGCCGUGGCCAUGGGGCUCCUGAAGCAGUUUGAGGGGAUGCAGCUCCCAGCCGCCUCGGAGCUAGAGUGGCUGGUCCCAGAGCACGACGCCCCUCAGAAGCUCCUGCCCAUCCCCGACUCACUGCCCAUCUCCCCAGAUGACGGGCAGCACGCGGACAUCUACAAGCUGCGCAUCCGUGUCCGCGGCAACCUGGAGUGGGCCCCGCCCCGGCCUCAGAUCAUUUUUAACGUCCACACAGCCCCAGCGAGGAAGAUCGCUGUGGCCAAGCAGAAUUUCCGCUGUGCGGGCUGUGGCAUCCGCACCGACCCUGAUUACAUCAAGCGGCUGCGGUACUGCGAGUACUUGGGCAAGUACUUCUGUCAGUGCUGCCACGAGAACGCCCAGAUGGUCAUCCCCAGCCGGGUUCUGCGCAAGUGGGACUUCAGCAAGUACUACGUCAGCAGCUUCUCCAAGGACCUGCUCAUUAAGAUCUGGAACGAUCCUCUCUUCAACGUGCAGGACAUCCACAGCGCCCUCUAUAGGAAGGUCAAGCUGCUCAAUCAAGUCCGGCUGCUGCGGGUCCAGCUGUACCACAUGAAGAACAUGUUCAAGACCUGCCGCCUGGCUGGAGCGCUUCUGGAUGCCUUUGACACAGUUCCGGGCCACCUGACCGAGGAUCUCCACCUGUACUCGCUGAGUGACCUGACCGCAACCAGGAGGGGGGAGCUGGGGCCCCGGCUUGCUGAGCUCAUCAGGGCGGGGGCCGCGCACGUGGAGCGCUGCAUGCUCUGUCAAGCCAAGGGCUUCAUCUGCGAGUUCUGUCAGAAUGCGGAUGACAUCAUCUUCCCGUUCGAGCUCCACAAGUGCCGGACCUGUGAAGAGUGUAAAGCGUGUUACCACAAAGCUUGUUUCAAGUCCGGAAGCUGUCCCCGCUGUGAGCGGCUGCAGGCGCGGCGGGAGUUGCUGGCCAGGCAGAGCCUGGAGUCCUAUCUGUCAGACUACGAGGAGGAACCCGCCGAGGCCUUGGCCCUGGAGGCCACCGUCCUGGAGGCCACCUGAAGAGAGCACACAAAGCGCUCUUUCUAGGGGCUAGGGUCACACAUAGUGCAGAACUGAGCCACCCUUUUAAGGACUUUUCCCACUUAGGUUUUUUUUUAUUAAUAUUAUUAUCAUCAUUGUUAAUUUCUGUGACCUGUCUGAUGGCCGUGUAUCGUCACCCUUAUUUAGGUUGGUGGGGUCCAGUCUGUUGUGACAAUUUGUAGGUACCAAGUAUUUCCACCAGAACUGACACUUGGGUCCCUAAGUGGAGCUUCUGGUGCCUCUGUUAGGGGGAUGGACAGUGAGACCCAAUUCUGCCGACGUCCAUGGCCUUCUCCAUUUGGACCAGAUCUGGUUUCAGCUGCAUCUCAAGUAUCAUUUCCAGUUUUAUUUUGUUUUAAUUCUGGAGCUUCUGAGCCAGACCUUUCUCAGCGAAUUCACUUCUCCUUUGCUGCUGAAACAGGAGGAUGGAGUUUUCUCUCUCCCAGUCCUGGAAUAGGGUCAGACUGUGCCCUGAGGAGAAGCAGCAGAGAAUGGGACUACAUCCUGGGCAUUCUUCAUUAGGUGUUUUUGAGGCCAUAAAAACAGCGUUAUUGCUACCGUAGAAUUUUCAGAGACCUCAAGGAGGCAGUCGUGACUUCCUUGUUUGAAAUAUUCUAGGCUAGAUGAUGUCACAGGCUGGCUUUCUUUAUCUACCCUGGGGAACUUGACACAAAAAAAACAGAACUGAUACUUAGACCAGGCCUAUUUCUAGCAUAAGUGAGGCUAAAACUUGUUUAAGGAGCAUUUAUUUAGUCAGAGGAGCUCAUGGCCUCCUCUUAAGUGAUCAGGUCCCUUUUAGUCCGCUUAGCUCUGGUGCAGGUUUGAUCUUUCAAGCUCAGACAAGUCCCUGACACCAUCCUAAACUGAGGACAGAAGCCCCGUCCACAUCUUACCAGUGGGUCUCUUGCCGCUGUGCCCUCUGCUAGGUGGUCACUGUGGUUCUGAGCAGAAGUGCGCCCAGCUCCCUGCUCUCCCGCCCCUCCUGCUGCAGAGCUGGGACCCUCCCUGGUGGCUGAUCUCUUGCCUUAUUUCCUUUUGUCAAAGUUGAGGAAAAGCCUCCUGCUGUUAGUGAUGUGACAGCGUGACCGUCUGUGGUGUGAGCGUGAGUGUCCCUGUGCUCUUGGGGCAGCAAGAGUCUACGCCGAUUAUGUGCUUGACUCUUCAGCCUGGUGAUGGUCACAGGCUCAGUCAUGCUCUUCUUAUUACUCAUUUUAACACACACACACACACACACACACACACACACACACACACACCCUUUUUUAUGUGUUUUGAUGGGAUCAUGUAUAUGUAUGUGGUAUUCGGUAAGUUGCUGUAGCUCCUGACCUGUAUGUAAAACUCUGGUCGGGGUCCCUGCUCCGAGGGCUGGCAGCUCUGUGAACUAAAGCCCAUAGCAUUUUUGUCCUGGGUCUGAUUUCUUCUCGGGUACUGUCUUUCCAUAGCUGGUUGUUAGUAGGAAAAAACUUGCUGUGGGCGCUGCCCUGGGACGCUGAACGGAAAGUUGCACGUGGUUGGUGAAAGCUGAUGAAUGCGGACCUGGAGGCAACCAGGAGUCUCACAGGAGGCAGAAGGGACAGUAGCGUAACAGCCAGAGCGGAGGCUCCCCCAGGACAGGAGGCAGCAGGGAGCAGCUACCUGUGGUAUUGGUCCCUCUGCCUCAGACUUGGGAUCUGAAGCCUCUGUCAGGCUGGAAGGUCCUGAGGCUCUUCCCGCUUCCGUUCGUGGGUGGGGCAGGGGGGCUCUGGAAGCCAGGACCUCCAGCCCAGCCCAGUUUUGAAGGGCAGACGAGAAGUUCCCUUUUCCUGAGAAGUUCCCUUAUCCUUCGAGGAGCCUUGAGAAGGGACCUGCGAAGUUCAGGCCUGCCUGCGGAGGCAGCCUCAGAUCAGACGGAGGGGCUUGUGAAGACGGUGAGCUCUGCUUCCAGUUUUGGUUUAAGUUACAAAUCUAGCUCCUUACUUCAGGUCAUGACACUGGAGGAGCAAUGCUCUCGUUGUUGUGCGUUUCACAUAGCAUAGGAUCAAAGGGUGGAAAAUGCCGGCACUGUUUCUCAAGCUGAGCUCAGCAAUCUCCCUGCUCCUGGGUUCUCACUUAUUUUUCACCACCGCCCUCACGCCGUCCCUUCAGCUUGCGUAUCUGUUUUAGUGACCCUGACACUGUGCUGUCAUCACUGUCCAAAUACCCAUUUAUUUAUUUAUUUGAGAGUAGGUAGGUAAGAGAGGAAAGAAGAUGGGAUGUUUUGAAAGCACUUUGCAAUGUAUGAGUAUGAAAAUCCCUGCUGUUGUGGGGAGAAGCUUUGAAUGCACUGAGGAGAGUUCCUUCUGAAUGAAAUGGGAAGGAAAAAGUAUUCUUUUCUAUAAAUAAAGGGAAAAAGAUUUGCUUACCAGGUGGAGAUAAGAUUCAAGACAUAGCAGAAGAGUGGAAGGCAAAUAUUUUCCACUUACAUGAGGCUUGACUUUCUCUACCAAACCUUAGAGCUUUUGUUGAAUUAACACAGAAGGAGCAAGAUUCUAAAACUCGCGUUUCCAACUGGGUUUCCAGCUGCUGUGCUUCAUACGCAGCCUAACAGUUCAUUGUCAUCUUUAAUAAACUAAGGAAAUGAAAUUCUGCCUUUUAUUUACCUGCCUUUAUUAUCAGGAAACGAUACUGAGUAUCCACUGUAAAUCAGGCAUGUCUGAAAACUCGGGAGGUUUCUGUGUUAUAAUGCAAAGAAAACUGGACCUCACACGUCAGGAAAAGUGGGUUGGAAAGCUUUGUCACUGACUUGCUGUGUAACCUUGAGCAGAUCACGUCACCUCUCUAGAUGUCUGUGUCUUCGUGUGUGAAGCACUUUGUGGCACUUUGCAGGGCACGGGGUGUGCCCCCCCCCGUCCCCUUGGUGUAGCUGUCGCUUAAAGCGAGGUCAGUCUUCCUCUCCACAACAUCUGAAUCUUUUUAGAUGUUUCAGGUCCCACUUCUGUGAACAACAGGCCCUGAGUUUCUCUCUUAUGCUUCUGGCCCGCUGGAGCUCCAGCUCUACCCUGCGACUUCCUGAAAUUUCCCCUUCGCUGCCCCUGGUCAGCUCCAACCAGUAUGUCUAAAGCCAACAUAAAUAUCAUAUUUCCCCAGACCUAACCAUUAGUCACCUGGUUUGAAAAUUUAGUUUCUUCCUGUCUGAGUCAGGUGGCAUUUUUGGCUAGAAAAUUAUCUCCUUCCCCACCCCCUGUCAUCAAGUUCUGUUGAUUUUUCUCUUUAAAAUAAAUGUAUCUCAUUCCUCUUCUACCACUGCACACAAAUUUAAAUCUUAUCUUAAAUCUCAACCAUCUCCAGCCAUGCCAGUCUCUUCCUAUUUAAUCAUCCAUCUCAUAUUUGGGUACCUGUUGUGUGCUAGUUUCUGUGCUAGGUUCUGGGGCUGUCGCAGAGAGGAAAACAGAGAUAGUCCCUACCCCUUAAGGCACUCAGAGUCUUGCGGGGGAGACAGACAUUGCCCAGAGUUCCCAAAAUGAAUACAUAACUACAAGCUGUAAUAAGAGCUGUGAAGGAAAAGAGUAGAUGCUAUUAAAAAAAUAAAUAACAAGGGGACCUAAUUUAGAUUGGAGAGAAGUAAGGCCUCUGAGAAGGUGAUACUUCAACCAAGACCUCAAAAAUGAGGCUUGGUAUUACUCAGCCAUAAAAAGGAACGAAAUUGGAACAUUUGUAGAGACAUGGAUGGACCUAGAGACUGUCAUACAGAGUAAAGUAAGAAAAAAAUAUCGUAUAUUAAUGCAUACAUGCAGAAUCUAGAAAAAUGGUACAAAUCAGCCAGUUUGCAAGGCAGAAAUAGAGACACAGAUGUAGAGAACAAACAUAUGGACACCAA